CUCAAAAAAACAAAACAAAUUAAAAAAAACUGUAAAAAACAUUUUUUCUUGUACCUAGGUGAUAAUUGUUAGUAUAGAUAACUUUUACAAAUGAGGAAAUUGACUUAGAGAAUAAUGUGACCAAACUCAUAACUAUUAAGCCUUAGAAAGGAGACUUAGAUUUAAAAUUGCUCUUGUUUUGUUUGCAAUGCUGGGAUGCCAGGCAUGGUAGUACAUUUUUGUAAUCCCAGCACUUGGGAGGCUGAGGCAGGGAGGAUCUCAAGUUGGAGACCAGCCUGGACUAUAUAGUGAUCAGGAAAGAGUUUACAAAAGAGGUUCUGUUGAAUUGUUUUGGGUAAUAAACUAGAGUUUGCCAAGUGAAGGGAGAGAAGAUCAUUACAGUUUUAGGCAAUAGCAUGUAUGAAAGCAUACAAUAUUAUGAAAUCAUGGGAGAGAUGGGAACAGUGACAUAUUCCUAUAAUCCUAACACUCUCUUGAGAGGCUGAGGUAAGAGGAUCCCAAAUUUAUGCCCAGCCAGUACAACUUAGGGAUUUAGUAAGACCCUGUCUCAAAAUUAAAAAAAAGAAAAAAAAGUGCUAGGGACAUAGCUCAGUGAGUGGUGUAUGCUGGGUUUAGUCCCUUCUACUGCAAAACAAAACCAAAUUAGUGAAGAGAGCUAUACAUAGUUGGGAUUGUUAGAAUAUAAAAAGUAAAGUAAGCGGUAAUAAAAGAUGAGGCUAGAGAGGUGGACAGUAGCCAGAUGAUGGAUAUCUCUAUAUAUUAGGCUAAAGAUCCUGAACUUUAUCCUGUAGGUUAUCAAGAGCUGUGUAAAGUUUUUUUCUUAAAUAAAAAAAUGAACUGUACUUGCUAGUUUACACUGGGAGUGAUAUGGAAGAGUCAUUGGGAAAAAUCUUUAUUCCCCAAGGAAAGAACAUUCAGGUUAGCUAGUCUCUGGAGAAGCUUUUUUCUUUGUGUGAAUGUCAUGACCCUUUUAGUUAUCUCCUAAUGUAACAAAGCACUUCACUCUGGUAAUGGCAGCUCACUUUGAAGUGAUGUGUCUCUGUGAAGCCAAAGAUGUGGGAUAUUUUCCCCUGACAUGGCAUGUAUCUCCAUUAAUAACCAGCACCACUACUGAAAUUUCACUUUACAACAAAAGAUGAGGAAUUUUAUAUUUGCUUCUUUGAUAUUGGAGUAAUUGGGGACUUAGAGAGCAUUGAGACAAGAUCUAGGAAUAUUAACAAAGUGAAAAGAGGAAGGAAUAAUUGAGUUUCUUAUAAUACCCAGUAUGUGCUUGCUAUCAAGCAGCUAGGAUAAUGAAAAAAAAAAAGUGACAAAGUAAAGAUUAUUGGGAUGUAGAGAAUGAGGAAAGGAGAAAGGGGAUUUGAGGAAGUGACUGGAUCAUGGGGGUGUGAUACUCAUCAGCUGAUUAGUUUAAUGAUGAGUUUAUAGCUAAAUGUGAGUUGGAAGGUAAAUCCUAGGUGGACAAGGUGGGUUAUUGAGGGCGAGGUCUGGAAGGAUCUAUCGCCUUCCUUUCUCCUUUGAUCCUUUCCUCUGCUUUCUACCUGCCAUGCCAUGAGCUGUUGGUCCUCUGCAUGCUCCUCUACCAUGCUGCCCUGCCUUGGAGCCUGCUAUGGUCUGAAGCCUCUACAAACUGUAAGCCAAAAGAAAUGUGCCAUUUGUGGAACUCCCUGCAAGCAUCUGGCUCUUUCUGACAAUUUGAAACCUCAGGAGAAGAUGUUCUUCAAAAGCCCUGUGGAGACAGCUUUGCAGUAUUUUAGUCAUAUCUCUCAGGUGUGGAGUUUCCAGAAGAAACAAACAGAUCUCCUCAUUGCUUUUUAUAAGCAUAGAAUUACAAAGUUAGAAGCAGCCAUUCAGGAGGUACAGCAAACAGUGACCAGCCAGGACAAAGAGUUGUCAGUCUUGAGAAAAGAGAAUGAAGAACUGAAGAAAUUUCUAGCCUUCCUAAAGGAAUCUCCAAGUCGGUACCAAGGAAGCAGGCUGACUACACCUCGACCAGUGUGCAUUACUUCUCCAUCACAGUCAGUUACUCCAAGACCCAGUUCCCAACAUAGCAGCCAGGUGGUCAGUCGGUCUUCCUCUGUGGAAUCUCUCCCUUAUAGAGUGCCUGGCUUUGGUCCUGUGGGACAAGAAGGCAGAAUCCUGCAGGGAAGGAGCACUCCCAGAGACUCUAAUAUUGAAACUCCUUCGCCAGCUUCAACUCACAACCUGUCUUAUAGAACUUCAUCUACCCCUUCUGGGAUGGGGAUUUUUUGUGUCAGACCAUUUCUAAAUGGGGAGUCAGGCCACACAAGAGUACUCACCCCCAACAUUUCUGGUCAAAGGGAAAGCAGGACUCCUCGAGAGAGUCUUCCUGGUUUCCAGCUGCCAGUCCUGCAGGUGAAUUGUCUGGACCCCAUCAACUCCUUCAUUUCUCUCCUCUUGAAGACAGCUUUCCAGGAAGACCCUUUUAAUAGCCCCUCCCAGCCUUGCAAACGAACUGCUCCUUCCGCAGCUCAGAGUCCAAGCGCUCCCCAAAGCGUCAGCUGUAACGAAGCAGCGUCUAAAGCAACUGGGACCUCCUCUGAAGAUAGAUCAGAUGUCUUGCCACCCGGAAGGAGCUGGAUCUUAGGAACCCGGGGCCUUCACCAGACAGGUGUUCCCAAGAACGAAAUGCUGGCUCUCUCGCUGCCCUACUAAAGAGGACUUGGAGCGUUAUCAUAUUUGGAAACCUUGGUUUUCUCUAUCUUUCACCAAAGUAUUAUCCCACACUGUAUGAGGACCUGAGUCAAAAAGUGUAUAUUUAGGAUUCUCCACCUUCUGAUUCUUCCAUCUUCUGGGAACAGUACUUUCUGAAAUGACCCUUUUCGUCUGUCUUUUAAGACCACAUUUGCCUAUGUAGGUCAUUUUCAGACUUCCCCCUUUAUUCUCAGAACUCAUCAAUUCUCACUCCUAUCAUACUCCAAAAAAUCAGCCACAAAACUCCUUUUCAUUCCUCAUCGCUUCAUUCCACCUUUUAGAGGUCUUCCAGGGUUACCAGACAUCAUGACUGCUUCUGUUCUAAGCCUUAUUUUCUGUUGCUGGCCCCUUAUUUCUCCCUCCUUCCCGACUCCUGCCCCUCGAGCUCCCUUCCUCCUUUCCCACUGUCGUCUCAUUUAGUUACAAUCUCAACUCCUAACAGCAAUCCCUCGUUCUUCAAACUAAAAUGGCAAAACCCUCACAGGAGUAAACAGCAGAAAGACACACUCAGCUUUAAGGUUAAAAACCUAGCUGGGCGUGGCGGCACACACCUUUAAUCCCAGUACUGUAGGAGGAUUGUAAAUUCAAGUCACGCCUAGGUGAUUUAAUGACUGUGAGACUCUAUCUCAAAAUAAAAAAAAGGAACUAAAAGGGCUGGGGAUGUAGCUCAGUGGAAAGGCCCCAAGACUAAGGAAUCUGAAGUUUCAGGGCCUCCCUGGCACAGAUCUCUUCCGAGGCACUGGGGGAGCCUCAGCACCAUGGUAAUGUUACAGGUUUUUAUAAAACUUGAAAUCCAUGUAAUUGGUUAAGAUUUGAUGUACUUUUCCUUUCUGACUUGCCCUCCAAAACAUUUCCCCUUUUGUCAGUUGGCAAUGAGAGGCCAUGUGUUCUUUCCAUUAGCCUAGGAAACUGAGAUGGGGAUACAUUAGUCCAGGUUCAGUGGGUAUACACUCACUGGUUCUGCAAUCACUUCUGUGAAUGAAUUAUCUCCAUGUUGAUAUGAACUAAACUGUGCUUCCCAUGGGGCCAGGGAUUUAGCUCAGGGGUUUGG